UCUUAAUCUUUUACUCUAGCUGGCUAAAGUUAGCUCAGCUAACCAGAUAGAUUUCUAAGGCCGACCAAUGAAAAAGUCUCAUUUGACAGAAAGAAAAAUGUACAAUUAUUUAUUAUUAUGCCUCAAAUGAGAAAUAAUUUUGAUAAUGACAACGAAUUAAGUGAAAGCGUCACUCUAAUCUAUCUACUCUUUUAUUAAUAAAUAACAAACUGUACUAGUAUAUUGGAUCCAGUAUUUUUUAAAUUGUCCAAUUCUUACUGGAUAACUCGACGCUUAUCUUGGCCAAUCGGAUUGUUAGUCUCAGCCGCGAAAAUAGCGCACAGCAAUUCCCACUAAGCUCAGCAAUUGGCAACUAGUAUCAAUUGUUCAAUCUCUCUAUCACUUCAAUUCAAUCAACUUCGACUUCUCUCUCUCGCUCGUCUGAAAACUCAAUCGCCCACUGACAUUCUCCUUAGUCGCUCCCCGAAAACCGCGGGAUCUGCACUUCUAAAGUAAAACUCUUCCAGACCUCCUCCCGAGGUGAUCAAAUUUGCCUGCCUCGUUUUUGAACCCCAUACCGUUCGAACCCCGUUUAAAUCCACUUAUCCAUACACCUCACCAAAACAUUGAUCUUCGUCAAAAAAAAUAUACAAUAAAAACCAACAUCGAUUCCUGGAUUCCUGAUUUGACUUAUCCUCUAAAAUCCGAUUUGAAUUUUGAUUUGACUGAACUAUGAGUACUGAUGUUCUAACAAGUCGCAUUAUGGACAACACUUUCGGAAAGCUCGGCGGUUUUUCGCUUCCACCAGCGCCAGGCUCCGCCGCUUCUCUCUCCGCGUCAGUUGCCGGGGACCUCUCAAACCAGGUGCUAGAUCAUCAUGCAAUGGGACUCAACGUCUCAACCGCCGGAUAUUCGGGACUCCCAGGGUCCGAUGUUGGAGGAAUGGUUCCUCAUCUGAAACUUUCACCACCGAACCCGAUGGUUGUCAACCCGAUGAAUCCCGUUGACCAUUCGUCAAUGGCCGCAUUCAACCUUUCAGGAGGAAGCUCAUCAAAUCAAGCGUCUUCUUAUAACCAGAUUCCCUACUCUUCAAGUCGCGAUUUUUUCUUCCGAGGAGUUUCAGCACCUGGGAGUUCCUUAAUGCCUUCUUCAGCAGUCGAUUCAUAUGCUAAUCCGAAUAUGUUUAUCGGAGGGUCAACUUCGGCGUUAGGAGGCGACCCUUCCGCAACCUCCAUGUUUUUCCCUUCUUUUGACCAGAGCUGUCAGCAACAGUCUGCUUUAUCCAUGAACCAAUUUUACAGACCAGAUCAGUUCAGUGCUUUCAGAAACGACCCUUUUUCUCAAAUCAACCCCCAUAUGAACAUGAUGAUGCCUUCGAGUCACAAUGCGUUUUUCCGAUACAUGCGACAACCUUUAAAACAAGAUUUGUCUUGUCUUUGGGUCGACCAAGACCAAUCCGAGCCGAAAAAACCCUGCAACAAAACCUUUACAACAAUGCACGAAUUGGUCACACAUAUUACGGUCGAGCAUGUCGGCGGCCCGGAACAGUCUUGCCAUAUUUGCUAUUGGCAAAAUUGUACUCGGGCUGGAAAACCGUUUAAAGCCAAGUACAAGUUGGUGAAUCACAUUCGAGUUCACACCGGUGAAAAACCGUUUCCAUGUCCGUUUCCAGGAUGCGGAAAAGUGUUUGCGAGAUCGGAAAACUUGAAGAUUCACAAACGCACACAUACAGGUGAAAAACCGUUCAAGUGCGAAUUUCCGGGUUGCGAUCGACGCUUUGCAAACAGUUCGGAUCGUAAGAAACAUUCUCACGUGCAUACGUCAGACAAGCCCUACAACUGUCGAUUCAAAGGAUGUGACAAAAGUUACACACAUCCCUCCUCUCUGCGGAAACACAUGAAGAUACAUGGAAAAGAUUUCGAAGAGGGCUGCGACGAUGUUAUGCCUGACUCACCAAUGUCAAGUUGCUCGGACGAAGCCGAAUCGCCGACUGAUAUUGACGGCAGCAAUAGUCCCGACUCAAUUGUCCCCGCCUCGUCAAAUGCAGUCGAAACAAUACUUCUGAAAGCCGAAUCGCACCCGUCGCCAUCAACGCUACCAGCAAGCGGGUCAUUAAUUAGUAGACAAAACGAAAUGCCAGCUCUUCUUUCUCAUUCAAACCAUUCUGCCGCCACCACUUGCUCGGUCUCGGGUUCGAUUCCAGCCUCGGCUUCAAUUUCACACCCGUUUUCAAGUUCAAAUCACCACCUCGCUACCUCCGCUGCUGCAAUCCAGAAACACUCACCUUCAGCCGGACCGGAUCCGAUUUUCCAUCUAAAUGAUCUAACAGGGCAAUCAAUGAUGAAUAUGGGUUCAAAUGUAUCAAUGGGGAACUUGCAUCACUCGCUUGCAAUACAGUCACUGCAAAGGCACCAGCAAGAGAACGGCAGUUCGAAUCUCAACCUCUCCGGUACAUCUGUCAGUUCAGGGGGUCCGAUGCUUGGCUCCGCGCUUCCCAUGAGAUCAAGUGCCCUUUCCUCGCAUGGUCUAAUUGGCCAACCGCACACCGCGACAAACAUUUCAGAAUGGUACUUUUGACACGUGAACCAGUUCUGCUGACAAAUCAGAGGCACAACAAAAUCAACACAUAUCCCAAAUGGUUUACCAGAAUCACUCGUGCCAAAUGAACGAAGGCGGGGAAAGCCUAGAAGAGAGGAAUUAAAGCAGUCAUCAUUUCAAGUUGCAAUAUUCCGAGGAACUCCCAGUUCCGGGGAAAAGUUUGCGACGGUCACAGGGUAUCAAAUUCACAAACUAGACGGUCAAAGACGAUGUAAUCAACCAACUACCUGCACAAAUGCAAAUACUAGACACCAACAAAUGGUCACAUUAUUGAAACUCAAUUCACCUUUUGCAGUAUCUUAAAAUUUAUAAGGGUCGACUAGUUAUAGUCUAGAAACCUAGUCAGCCCAGUUCAGUUUAGCUCCCACUUACUUAAGAAGUCAAAGAUCUAUAGUGUACAUAUUUUUGAUAGCACAAAACUUUAUUAUUGUGUAAAUUCCUGCAUUUACAUUUUGUUCGACGACAAAGUUUCUCGUUUCAACUUUUAAUCAUUUAUUUUGUUAAAUUUCGCGCUGAAAUAAUUCAU